AAUGAAUACAGAAUAUUAAGAAUAAGAAUUUGAUUAGAAGAGGCAAUCUGAAUUAAUUAAAGAAGAUAAUAGUACUUAAUUAUUCUCAAUUAUUUUUGCAAUAAUUUACAAUUGUUUUUGGGGAUUACUAUUUUGUUUUUUUAGGCAUCGUAAUAGUAAAAAUAUUAAAUUUUAAUCAAGAGAUGGAGAAAAAUGUAUAACCUUGAGCUUUUGGUCAUUAUUGACAGAGAUAUAUUUCUUCUCAGUAGCCCUCUAUAAAAUGUACAUUUAAUAUUUCUAGAUAGAGCGAUAGAAUUACCUGUGUAUCAUAGAGCAUUAGGAAGAUGGAAAGAGAAGCUAUUUUCGAUAGCAGAAAAAGUAGAGUUUAUUUUAAGUAUCAUCAUACUGAUAGGAUUGAGUGUAACUUGGAAUUGAUAUAUCUAGUAUGCAUAUUUCAAAUUUGAAGAGUGUAAUGGAUUAAGAAACUUUGUCUUAUUUUAUUUGAUUGUAACUUACGUAGUUUUAGGUAUAUAUUUGAUUUCUAUGGCUUUAUUAAUAACUAAUAAAAGUAAUAAUUCUGGAUGA